AUUUAACGGGUGAUAAAUUAAACAGGUACAAGAUGGCGGGUGUUGGGGAUACUCGGGAUCGGGAUAGCAGUUCACCUUCUCCUGUUGAGACACCGGAUAAUGCAGAGGAGGUCAAAGAUAGAGCGGCCUUGGAGGAAGAGUUACAAAAUAUCCAGAAUAUUAUCCACCUGACCAAGGAAUACAUUGAUGACCUCAACUCCCGCUUCGCCGGCUUCCAGCAUCCUCCUUCAUUAUAUCUCACGGAAUAUACAGAAUUAACUGGGAAGUUGCAUAGAUUUGAGGCUAAGGAACAGGAGAUCCUUGAGCAGCUGACUUUGAGCUCCACUUCUGACCAACCGGCUCAAACAAAUGGCUGCCAUGAAGACUUUUCUGAAGCCCAUACUUUACCUUCCGAUGACAUUGAAACAAGCUUUCCAGCCUCCUCACAAAUCACCAGUAGUAAUGGUAUGUGUGAAGAAGUGACGCGGUCUACUCCACAAUCUCCCCUGCGGUCAGUAGUGCGGGCUCACCUACCAAAUAAACAGCGUACCACUGUACAGGUACAACCUGGCCGAACGUUAAAGGAUGCACUGGCAAAGGCUCUCAGCUUCCGCAAACUUUCUCCAGAUGUUUGUAUUGUGUAUAGAAAAACAAAUCCCAAGGUACGGAUGUCUUGGGAUUCGGAUAUUGCGAUGCUGGAAGGAGAGGAGAUUGUUGUGGAGGUACUGGAAAAAUUUCCUGUCACAACCUCCAUAUCCCACAAUUUUAUUAGGAGAACAUUCUUUUCCUUGGCGUUCUGUGAUAAUUGUCGAAGACUUCUAUUCCACGGGUUUGUAUGCCGUACAUGUGGCUAUCGCUUUCAUCAACGGUGUUCUGUAGGAGUACCAACAUUAUGUCAACAGGAUCAACGCAUUACCAACAAUAUUUACCAACAUUUAUUAGCAUCUCAUCAAGAUAACCCAGCAGGAAUAUUAACAACUACGAGUUGGGGAGGACCUCCAGGGGUUCAACACCCCCUCAUAGGCCCAUACCAUGGUCCCUAUGGUGGUCAUUAUAUGGAACCUUACCGGAGUCAGUAUUCUGUACACUGUGGUGGUGGGGGUGGAGGAGGGCAGGCACCACCCACCCUUCCCCGACCUGCCCCGGCACCUCUGGCUCCCCGUGAUCGCUCAUCCUCUGCACCCAAUGUCUGCAUUAACUUGGUCAACCCUAGCAACCCCUCAGAUGCUGUGUCCCUAGCAGAGUUUGCACAUAGGAUGGGCAGGAAUUACAAUCCUACAAGUCCAGGGCUCCACUUCUUUGGGCCAUCAGCAUUCUACCUGCAUGAUGGUGGAAAGGGAACUUGGAGCCCCACAACACACAUGACCCAUAUAGCAAUGCCCUCCCCAGGGCAUGCAGCAGGAGGGGUACUGGCACCACCCCAACCCACCAGCCCCACCAGCAGUCCCACUCGGCCAGUCCAGGGUUCUCAUUCAGCACAGGCCUCUCCCACUAACACACUUAGGGCUGUGCGACCAAGAGCAAGAUCAGCCGAUGAGUCUGUUUCAGGCAAAAAGGUGAGACAGUCAUCCAAAGAUACAGUAGAAGACUGGGAAAUUCCAGUAAAUGAAAUAUUGAUUGGUCAUCGCAUAGGGUCUGGGUCUUUUGGAACAGUUUAUCGUGGUCACUGGCAUGGCCCUGUUGCCGUGAAAACCUUAAAUGUCCGUGACCCUACACCAGCACAGUAUUCUGCCUUCAAGAAUGAAGUAUCAGUCUUAAAAAAAACAAGACAUGUAAAUAUUCUAUUGUUUAUGGGGUGUGUUAAGACUCAGCAGUUGGCAAUUGUAACCCAGUGGUGCGAAGGGUCUAGCCUUUAUAAACACCUCCACGUUCAGGAGACUAAAUUUGAGCUUAUGAGAAUUAUAGAUAUUGCCCGACAAACGUCACAAGGCAUGGACUACCUCCACGCAAAGAAUAUAAUCCACAGAGAUUUGAAGUCAAAUAACAUAUUCCUACAUGAUGAUUAUACAGUUAAGAUUGGGGACUUUGGUCUUGCGACAGUCAAGGGUGGCCGAUGGACCCAAGAAUGUCAGGGUGGGCGACAAAUCCAACAACCCUCUGGAUCAAUACUUUGGAUGGCACCAGAGGUGAUAAGAAUGCAAGAUGAAAACCCUUAUACUUCCCAGAGUGAUGUGUAUGCAUUUGGGAUAGUUCUAUAUGAGCUAUUCUCCGGUUGCCUCCCAUAUUCAACUAUAAAUAAUAAAGACCAGAUUCUAUUCAUGGUGGGCCGAGGAUAUUUGCGGCCAGACAUGACAUACCUUCGUUCAGAUAUGCCCAAGCCAAUACGUCGUCUAUUUGAUGAUUGCAUUAAAUACAAUCGAGAUGACAGACCGUUGUUCCCACAGAUCCUAGCCAAUAUAGAAUCACUGGUGCGUUCCUUGCCAAAGAUCCAUCGUUCAGCAAGUGAACCAACGCUUACACGCACACACCUGAACACUGAUGAUAUGAUGUAUCUAUGUGCAUCGCCCAAAACGCCCAUCAACUCGGGUGCCUUUUUAUUUUCAACAGCUGGCAACAUUUAAGUCUGGAAGAGCAUCAACUUUCCUAUGCCACAGUCUGUGUUGUUCCAUGGAGGAUAAUCUGUUAGACCUUGCCAGCUAUACUUGUCCCAUGGAGCCACUCUGUCCUUCCCCACUUCUUCCCCAUAAAUUUCAUCAGCUGAUUUGUCAAUACGGAGCCAGUUACCCUCCUGCUUUUAAUAAUCCAAGAUGUUCCAGUGAGACCACCUUUAGGCCAUACCAGCUGAAUUAUUGUAUGGAGCGCACCUUGCCAAGAUUCUGCCAACUAAAAUGUUACAAACAGCUUACCCAGGCCUUGCCAAAAGCUUGUUACAUGAACACUAGUAUGAACAUUUUGUAUUUGUAAAGCUUCCUCAGGCAUUACUAAGACCACAGCUCCCAUAAAUUCAGUCAUUGAAGGAAUAUUUAUAGAAAAUAUCGCUGACCAAGUUAUCCUAUAAUAUAUGUUUUUGUAGAAUUGUGUGAAUUCUGCUAAUAUUGUUAACUUGCCUAGAGCAAAUUUGUGGACCUCAUCAGCAUUAAAAUGGCCUGUUAAUUACAGUAUUAUCAUCACCUUCAUAAACCUAAUGGCCACGGUGUUUAUCAAAGUUAACCACUGUCUUGGCUAAGUUCAUUGUAAUGCACACACACGUAGGGGCCACAUCAGCAGUGUCAUUCCAAAUUGGAAAUUAUUAGCAAAGUUGUAAACUAUGGCAUGAUAUUUCUUUAAUUAAACUGAGGACUUGAUCCCUUGUAUUACAUUUACUUACAAUACUGUAAGAGAAAGCCUCAUGUGAUGAUAAUAUCCUGUGCAUCAUUGUAAUGAAGACUUUCUAAAUUCCAUUUUUCAUUCUACAGCAAUAAGGCCCGGCUGAGAUCAGAACUUUUAAAGUUUUAUUUAAUCGCAAAUUUUGAUAACCACAGAAUGGUAUGUUUGUACAUCUCAUUCUGUGAUAAAUUGGUAUUUUUUAUUUAGAUUAUAUUUUUGUGUGUAACAGUAUUAACAUUUGAUUAUAACUGAUUGUUCAGCUGUUCUUCAAAUGAGCAUUCCCUCAUUUAAACAUAUAGUAAUGACUUAAAAAGGGUCCUAUGGGUUUUUCUCCUCAAGUAAUUAAAUCUUUCAUUUAAAGAUCAAAAUUGUUGCUAAAAACACUUCUUAAUAAAGGCUUGACACAUGCUGUUACAGCCAUGGUGGUGAGUUGCAGUGAAUGAACAAUGUACAUUUAUAGUCAAGUGUCCUGUGUUAAGUUAAAACUGUGUGGAUGUUGCUUUUAACACUGCCACACACCUUUCUUCAACAUUCCAUUUGAUGAUUUGGCAAUAUAUUGUCAAUGAUCUCCUGUGCAGAUGUGAUGAUUGAAAUGUUUUUUUCAUUCUUACACUAUUGAGUUGUAUUCAUUUUUGUUAGUUUCAUCAGGGUGAUGAAAGUUUUACAGCAGAGAGUAUAUUUGCACAUUAUCAGGUAGGUUUAAUUCUUGCAACCCCAGAGAUUUAAAGUUUUACGACAGUGUAUUUUUAUGAUGUCAUGCUCCAUGAAAUGGUUGUGACAGUUGUCAUGUGACAUGCAGAGAAUGAAGUGGUUGCCUGAGGUAAGCAGACUCAGAAAUUAAUUUGGUCUUAAAAAUGUUUUUGCAUUAUCAUACAAUUGGAUUAUAUAAAAAGUUAGGCCACUUGAAAGUUUUAAGUGCUGUAUAUGUCAACUAGUUGAAAGUCAACCUAAAGGUAGGUUUUGAAAAUGUAGUACUUGAAUUAAAGAUAGAAGUUUUAAGGCCAUGGAGAUUGCAUUAAUGGAAAAUAGAACACUUUCCACUUGGGUCAGAUGUAAAUACCUUGGAGGUCAUCUGCACAAGUCAGCUAGGUGUGGGGAGCCGUACAUUUGUUUUUAUGUUUUGGGGUAACAGAUGGUCACUGAAGAUAGCAGACCUGAAGGCCAUCAUGGCUUCAGUACCUCUCUUCCUUACUUUAAAAUUCUUAUCUUUUCUCAUCUUUUUUGUUUUUCCUGUACUUUCUACACAUCCUUCUCCUUUCCCCAUCCCAUCCUGCCCUAGACGUCACCAGUCCAUGUACAGACUUCACAUUCAGUGAUACUGUAGUGCAGUCAUCCCAUGUUCCAUUACCACAUUGUUUUAUCAUCAUCAAAAUGUUACUCUGUAUCAGCUUUAAUCAUUUUAAAAUAAAAGACGAGCUUCCU